AUGAACACAAUCGAUCCCGAGGUAAAAUCUAUGCUUUCACAUUAUGAUAAUGCUAAGAAAUUGUGGGAUGAUUUACAUGAGCGUUUUUGUCUCGUUAAUGGCCCUAGAAUUCAACAGAUUAAAUUUGAAAUUAAUAGAUGUGAACAAUUGAAAAACAUGACAGUUGCGGUUUAUUAUAGUAAAUUAGCGGUUUUGUGGGAUGAACUUGAUAGAUUGGAACCCCUAAUUUCUUGUAAAUGUGGGAAGUGCUCUUGUAAUGUUGGGAAGCAACACGCACAGCGGCGUGAUGGGGAUCGUCUCCAACAAUUUUUGCUCGGUUUGUACUCUGAUUAUUAUGCUGCUUUGCGUUCUACAUUGCUCUUGCAAGAUCCCUUGCCCUCUUUGAACAGAGCAUACCAACAGGUUUCACAGGAGGAGAAUGUUAGAGGGAUUUCUCGUACAAAGGAGGAUCCUGCUCCUGCUCUCGGGUUCGCUGUACGAACUGCUGCAGGGAGGGGUCGUGCAGGUGGCGCCGGUGGUUCUGACAGGCAGCUGCCAGUGUGUGACAAGUGUAAGAAAGUGGGUCAUGAAACCGUGAAGUGUUGGUCCGAUAAAAUUUGUGCUUACUGUAAAAAACGAGGCCAUGAAGAAAACCGCUGUUAUGACAAACAUGGCUGGCCGGAGGGUGCUGCUGGCAGCCAGGGGGGGCCACCCGCAGCUAGUCGUGGUCGGGGUGCUCCGGUGAAGGCUAAUGCAGUUUCGGGUGGUGGCUCGAAGUCGGAGGAUACAAGUUCUUUUGCUUCGGGUCGUUUAUUCUCUAGUGAACAAUGGAAGGCAAUUACGGGAUUGAUGGGUAAUGCUACAAUUUCUGAUAAUCGUUUGAGUGGUAAGUUUGAUGACACCUCUUGGAUUAUUGAUACAGGAGCUACACAUCACGUAACUGGAGAAAAAUAUUGGCUUUUUGACACAAAAAGCUUCGAGUGUCCGGUUGGUUUGCCCAAUGGAGACACGGUGUCGUCGUCUCUUAUUGGCUCUGUUUGUUUAUCGGACAAGAUUACUCUCACCGGAGUACUCUAUGUCCCUAAUUUGAGUUGUAACUUGAUUUCUGUUUCGCAACUCAACGAUGACCUUAAUUGUACUGUCCAAUUUAACCCUUAUAUUUGUGCUAUACAGGACCACACGAAGGAGCUGAUUGGAACGGGGACUAGGAGAGACGGAUUGUAUUACUUUAGCAAAAUGGAUUCGGUGCAUCAUGUGAGCGCUGCAAAUUCAGAGUUGGAGUUGUGGCAUCGUCGUAUGGGUCAUCCUUCUGAGAGGGUAGUUAAGUUGCUUCCCACAGUUAGUAAUAAAGCUUGUUUAAAUAAAGGAUGUGAAGUAUGUAUGCGUGCUAAGCAUCCUAGAGAUAGUUUUCCUUUGAGUGACAAUAAAGCAUCUAGAAUUUUUGAAAAAAUACAUUGUGAUUUGUGGGGUCCGUAUAGACAUGUUUCGUCAUGCGGUGCUCGUUAUUUUUUGACCCUUCAGAGAGAUUGUUAA